AUGGGUGACACAAAAAAAGUUACCAUAAAUAAGGAAAUAUUCCUGAAACGGAUAGCUAAAUUAUACGAUUAUUGGAAUAAUGGAAAUGAUGAAAAUUUAUCGAAAGUAGAUGCUUUAGUAUUCAUGGUUGGUAACGAUGAUGAUGCAUCUCAAUACUCGAAGUCCAAUGCGUUACAAAUCUGGCUAUACAAUUACGAACUAAAUGAUAUGUUGGCAAUAUUUACGAAGAACACUGUUUACUUUUUAGCAAGUUCACGUAAAGCUUUAUUUUUUCAACCAGUUGGGAACGAGGAACCAACUGGUUUAGUGCCACCGGUUGUUGUAUUUACGCGUGAAAAGUCGGAUAAAGACAAAGCAAAUUUUAUAAAGUUAGUCGAAAAACUGAAGGAAAGUGGAUCUUCCUUUGGACACUUUGCGAAAGAUUCAUAUAGUUCAGACUUCGCUAAGGGAUGGAACAGCAUUAUGGAGGAAUACGGUAUCAAACUGACAGUUGACGUGUCCAUUUCUUUUGCGCAUUUGCUGUCAGAGAAAGAUGACACUGAAGUUGAACUGUGUAGAAAAGCUGCUCAAGCAUCAGUUAACGCAUGGUCGUAUGCCAGGAAGAAAAUUAUUGAUAUCAUUGACCAAGCAAAGAAAGUGAAGCACAGCCGCUUUGCGGAAGAUAUAGAAAAAGCGAUGACAACAGUACAAGUGCAGCAACGUCUUGCAGACAAUAGCAAUCUCGAGUCGUGUUAUACACCAAUUAUUCAAUCCGGUGGCGAAUAUAUAUUGAAAUUGAGUGCUGAAAGUAAUGAUAAGCUUAUACAUUAUGGAACAAUUAUCUGUUCACUUGGAGCUCGAUAUCAGUCGUAUUGUUCAAAUCUGAGUCGAACAAUGCUUGUGGAUCCAUCGAAAGAGUUACAAGAAGCUUACGAAUCAUUGUUGAUUAUUCAAAAUGCGAUCAUUGAAGCCUUGAAACCGGGAAAGAAAUUGAGUGAAGCAUAUGCUGCGGGCCUGGAAGCUGCCAAAGACAAGCCAGUGAUACUGGAUCAUUUGGUCAAAAAUAAUUUUGGAUUCUUGACGGGACUUGAAUUUCGUGAGUCAACAGCUCUCAUAAGUCCCAGAAGUGAUGUGGAAGUGGUACCAAACAUGGUUUUCAUUGUUUAUGUAGGUUUACAAGGUCUGAAAAAUCUGACCGCCAAGGAUGAACAGUCAAAGACAUCAGCUGUGUUGCUUUCUGAUACUGUUCUAAUUUCUGCAGAAGGUGUCAAUGAAAUACUUACGGAAAAGGCAAAAUCACGUAUAAAAUCAAAUGUGAUUCGAUUUAAAGAUGAAGCAGAAACUUCGCAUGCUGACGACAAUAAAGAGAACAAUCUGGGCGAAGGGUUUGGCCGCGGAAGGCGAUCAGUGUUGUUGCAAGAACAAACACGGAACAAGACAACAAAUGAAGAUAAACGUAAAGAGCAUCAAAAAGAAUUGGGAAAACGAUUGAACGAGGCAGCUCGUGAACGUUUGGCUGAUCAAACGGGUCAAAAAGAUAUCAAGAAAAUUAAGAAAUCAAAUAUUUCCUAUAAAAGCUAUGAAAAAUUUCCCAAGGAGGCCGAAGUCGAUAAACUUCAAAUAUAUGUUGAUCGUCGUCAUGAUUCCGUCAUACUACCAAUAUUUGGGGUUCCCGUACCAUUUCACAUUUCGAUGAUCAAAAAUACGAGUCAGUCUGUGGAGGGUGAUUAUACUUAUUUGCGUGUAAACUUCAUGCAUCCUGGCUCACAGAUUGGAAGGGAUCAACUACAAUUUCCAAACCCACUGUCAACUUAUGUGAAGGAAUUAACUUAUCGGAGUAGUAAUUUGAAAGAACAUGGAGAGGUGACCGCUCCUAGUAGUAACCUAAAUACGGCAUAUCGUUUGAUUAAAGAAAUGCAGAAGAAAUUCAGGACGCAGGAAGCCGAAGAACGCGAAAAAGAGGGAGCUGUAAAACAAGAUAAGCUGAUCUUAUCAACGGCAAAAGGCAAUCCAAAGCUUAAGGAUCUUUUUGUUAGACCGAAUAUCAUUACCAAACGAAUCAGUGGUUCGUUGGAAGCGCACGCUAAUGGUUUCCGAUACACCUCACUGCGAGGUGACAAAAUCGAUGUGCUAUAUAACAACAUAAAACAUGCAUUUUUCCAACCUUGCGAUAAUGAAAUGAUCAUACUAAUACAUUUCACACUGAAAAAUCCAGUAUUAUGGGGUAAACGUAAAUAUCAAGAUAUCCAGUUUUAUACGGAAGUUGGUGAAAUCACUACUGAUUUGGGCAAAUAUCAUCAUAUGCAGGAUCGCGAUGAUGUUCAAAGUGAACAACUUGAGCGAGAAAUGAGGAAACGCUUGAAUCAAGUUUUCCAAAACUUCUGUGACAAGGUCGUUCGUCAGACAAAUGAGGCAUUUGAUUUUGAUGUGCCAUUUAAUGAACUUGGGUUCUUUGGCGUUCCCUAUCGAUCAUCUUGCACGCUAAAACCAACUUCAUCAUGUUUGGUCAAUUUGAGUGAAUGGCCUCCAUUCGUUGUAACGUUGGAUGAAGUGGAAUUUGUACACUUCGAACGAGUAUCAUUCCAACUAAAGAAUUUUGAUAUGGUUUUCGUUUUCAAGGAUUAUUCCAAAAAGACCCAAAUGGUUCAGCAGAUUCCAAUGACCUCACUUGACAGUGUAAAAGAAUGGCUCAACUCUUGCGAUAUAUACUAUUCCGAAGGAAUUCAGUCAUUGAAUUGGGCAAAGAUUAUGAAGACUAUCUUAGAUGAUCCUGAAGAUUUUUUCGUAAAUGGUGGAUGGAAUUUCUUGGCCACAGAUAGCGAUAAUGAAGAUGAAGAAGAAGAUGAAGAAAGUGAAGACGCUUAUACACCAAGUGAAGAUGAAACUGAAGGUUCCGAUGAGGAUGAAGACGAGGAAGAAUCACCGGAAGCAACGUCUGAAUCUGAAUCAGAAGCGACUAUGGAUUCUGAUGAAAGUGAAGGCAAAGACUGGAGUGAUUUGGAGGCAGAAGCUCAACGAGCUGAUCGAGCACGUGAUCGUGGCGAGGAGGAGCGUAUGCAUAAGUCAACUCAGAAACGUAAACCAACAAAAGGGCGUGGGCCGAGUCCUAAACGUCGAAAAUGA